AUGAUGAUUUCUUCUCUUCAGCGGACAUGUGCCGCCUUUGCUGUAGGAAUCGCAAAACAGAAUGUCCGAGCGUUGAGUGCAGUCCCACCUUUGCAUCACAGUAGAUCCAUUGUGCUAACCACCAGUAGCAAAUCCUCGCCUUCCUCGGCACUUCGUCUCGCGUCGACGUUUCAGGCACCCGAACCGCCACAAAGCAAAGGGCAUGCGGUUUACAAUGAUAUUGAAAUUUCGACAACGGAACAGGAAAGUGUUGCGAGAAAUUCUGAUGCUGACGCUGUCUUUGUCGUGACCGGUGCUUCCCGUGGAAUUGGUUUGCAGUUUGUCAAGGCGUUACAAACCCGAUCCAAAGGAACGAUUGUCGCCCUGUGUCGGAAUCCCGGAAGUGCCCAAGGGCUUAACGAUUUCAUAUCUUCCUUGAGCGCUGAUCAGCAAAGCAGAAUAAAAGUAAUCCAGUUGGAUCUGGAGGACCAAGCAUCCGUGGAUAGUGCCGUUGAAAAUAUCAAGAGUUCGUUCGACCGUGUGGACAUGCUGUUGAAUGUUGCUGGCCUUUUGGGCGACGGAAAGGAUACACCCGGCCCAGAGCGAAGUAUUACAAAGAUAGAGAGGGAUUGGUUGACAAAGACCAUGAAUAUCAAUGUGAUUGGUCCUGUCAUGCUAAGCCAAGGCUUGGCACCAUUGAUGGAACAAAGACGGCGACGAGGAAAAAAUGAUGAUUCAGAUGGUAGAGCAAUUGCUGUGAUUGCAAAUCUUAGUGCUCGGGUUGGUUCCAUCUCCGAUAAUGGACUAGGGGGGUGGUAUUCUUACAGAAUAAGCAAGUCUGCAUUAAACCAAGCUACUCGGACAAUGGCAAACGAAUUGAAACGCAAGUCCGUUUGGUGCAUUGCUUUGCAUCCAGGGACAACCGAUACCGACCUAUCAAAACCGUUCCAGAAAAAUGUUCAAGAAGGCAGAUUAUUCCCGGUUGAUUUCACUGUUGACAGUCUUCUGGGCGUCAUUGAUUCCAUGAAGGAGGAAAACACAGGAGGCCUCUACGACUGGGCAGGAAAGGCUAUUCCAUUUUAG